AUGGGGCUCUUAGCGUUGGGCACGCCGUUACAGUGGUUUGAGUCCAGGACAUACAAUGAGCACAUUAGGGAUGAAGGUAUUGAGCAGUUGCUGUAUAUUUUCCAAGCCGCUGGCAAAAGAGAUAAUGACCCUCUUUACUGGGGAGACGAGCUUGAGUACAUGGUUGUGGAAUUUGAUGAUAAGGAGAAAAAUUCUAUGCUCGACGUUUGCCAUGACAAGAUACUUACGGAGCUUAAUAUGGAGGAUUUGUCCCUGUGUGAGGCUAACGAUGUGAGCUUUCACCCCGAGUAUGGCCGCUAUAUGUUAGAAGCGACGCCAGCUUCGCCCUAUUUGAAUUAUGUGGGCAGUUACGUCGAGGUGAACAUGCAAAAAAGACGUGCCAUUGCUGAAUAUAAGCUGUCUGAAUAUGCGAGACAGGAUAACAAAAAUAACGUGCAUGUGGGCUCCAGGUCAGUCCCUUUGACGCUGACUGUCUUCCCGAGAAUGGGAUGUCCCAACUUUAUUAACAUCAAGGAUCCGUGGAACCAUAAAAAUGCCGCUUCCAGAUCUCUUUUUUUGCCCGAUGAAGUCAUUAACAGGCAUGUCAGGUUUCCCAACUUGACAGCGUGCAUCAGAACCAGGCGUGGGGAAAAAGUUUGCAUGAAUGUCCCCAUGUAUAAAGAUAUAGCUACUCCGGAAACCGAUGAUUCCAUUUACGAUCGAGAUUGGUUUUUGCCAGAAGACAAAGAGGCGAAACUGGCUUCCAAACCAGGAUUCAUUUAUAUGGAUUCUAUGGGUUUUGGUAUGGGCUGUUCUUGUUUACAAGUGACCUUCCAAGCACCCAAUAUUAACAAGGCACGUUACCUGUACGAUUCAUUAGUGAAUUUCGCACCUAUAAUGCUAGCCUUCUCUGCUGCUGCGCCUGCUUUUAAGGGUUGGUUAGCCGACCAAGAUGUCCGUUGGAAUGUAAUAUCUGGUGCGGUGGAUGACCGUACUCCGAAGGAAAGAGGUGUCGAACCAUUACUGCCUAGAUACAACAAGAACGGAUUUGGAGGAAUUGCUAAAGACGCACAAGAUAAAGUCCUUGAAAUACCAAAAUCAAGAUACAGUUCAGUUGAUCUUUUCUUGGGUGGAUCGAAAUUUUUUAAUAGGACUUAUAACGACACAAAUGUACCUGUCAAUGAAAAAGUAUUAGGACGACUACUCGAGAAUGAUAAAGCACCGCUGGACUAUGAUCUUGCUAAACAUUUUGCGCAUCUCUAUAUCAGAGACCCAGUAUCUACAUUCGAGGAACUAUUGAAUCAGGACAAUAGGACGUCUUCAAAUCACUUUGAAAACAUCCAAAGUACAAAUUGGCAAACCUUACGUUUUAAACCUCCCACGCAACAAGCGACCCCAGACAAAAAGGAUUCUCCCGGUUGGAGAGUGGAAUUCAGACCAUUUGAAGUGCAACUAUUAGACUUUGAGAAUGCCGCGUACUCCGUACUCAUAUACUUGAUCGUUGAUAGUAUUUUGACUUUUUCUGAUGAUAUAAACGCAUAUAUUCAUAUGUCUAAAGUAUGGGAAAAUAUGAAGACAGCCCAUAACAGGGAUGCUAUUCUGUCAGGAAAAUUUCACUGGAAAAAAUCAUUUCGUAAUGACACUGAUGUGGAAACCGAAGAUUGUUCUAUAAGCGAAAUUUUUCAUAAUCCAGAGAAUGGUAUCUUUCCUCAAUUUAUCACGCCAAUCUUAUGCCAAAAAGGGUUUGUGACCAAAGGUUGGGAAGAGUUAAAACAUUUUUCCCAACACAGGAGAUUAUAUUGUUAUUUAAAGCUUAUUUCUGAUAGAGCAAGCGGUAAAUUGCCAACAACAGCAAAAUUCUUUAGAAAUUUUGUAUUACAACAUCCAGAUUAUAAACAUGACUCAAAAGUUUCUAAAUCAAUCAAUUAUGAUUUGCUUUCUAUGUGUGAUAGACUUACCCAUUUAGAUGAUUCAAAAGGUGAAUUGACGUCCUUUUUAGGAGCUGAAAUUGCGGAAUAUAUAAAAAAUAAUAAGCCAUCGAUAGGAAGCAAACCUUAA